GUAGGACUGUGUGAACACAGCAGCUGUAAGAGAUGUGCGAAGAGGAGGACAGCACUGCCCUGGUGUGCGACAACGGCUCUGGGCUCUGUAAGGCAGGCUUUGCUGGGGACGAUGCCCCCCGAGCUGUCUUCCCUUCCAUCGUAGGCCGUCCCAGACAUCAAGGGGUGAUGGUGGGCAUGGGCCAGAAGGACAGCUACGUAGGGGACGAAGCACAAAGCAAAAGAGGAAUCUUGACCUUGAAAUAUCCGAUAGAGCAUGGGAUCAUCACGAACUGGGACGACAUGGAGAAGAUUUGGCAUCAUUCCUUCUACAAUGAGCUGCGUGUGGCUCCAGAAGAGCAUCCUACUCUGCUCACUGAGGCACCCCUGAACCCCAAGGCCAACCGAGAGAAAAUGACCCAGAUUAUGUUUGAGACUUUCAACGUGCCGGCCAUGUAUGUUGCCAUCCAAGCUGUCCUGUCUCUCUACGCUUCUGGACGUACGACUGGUAGGUGACCAAAAGGGACUCAGUAGCCCCAUUUGGAGGAAGGGACAAUUCUUAUUAUCUUGGCUAUCAUUACACAUGGGAAGCUCUCAUCAUGUACCUGGC